AGCACUGUAUUGCCUGAGUUUCUUUGGCUUUUGGUCGUGAAUGCCUCUUCUCUGCAAGCUUUCCAUCAUGAUUGAGCCCUUCUUGGGAACCUGGAAGCUUGUCUCCAGUGAAAACUUUGAAGAAUACAUGAAACAACUGGGAAUGAGUGUUACAGCCCGGAACCUGGCGGGGUUAGCGAAGCCGACAAUCAUUAUUAGUGCCAGUGAGGACAGGGGGAACAUCAAAACGGAAAGUUCUUUCAAGAAUCAGAUCUCCUUUAAGCUGGGAGAAGAAUUUGAUGAAACCACUGCUGACAACCGGCAAGUGAAGAUAAUAAGCAUCAUAACAGUAGAUGGUGGCUCAAUGAUUCAUGUCCAAAAAUGGCUUGGUAAAGAGACAACAAUCAAAAGACAAAUUGUAGAUGGAAAAAUGGUAGUGAAAUAUACCGUGAAUAAUACUGUCAGCACUCGAGUUUAUGAAAAGGUAUGAAGAAAGAGUCUACAUCAGUGAAAACACGUUCACUAACGGGAAACUGGGACUUGAAGACGAUGCCUCAGGGCCAGCGAUUAAAAAAAAUUGCUUAACAUAAAUUUGUUCAAUAAAGCCAUCAAAUUAAGUGCA